GGCGCUGCGGCCAUCGGGAGGUUCAGUUAGAGCGACACGUGGUUUGUGCUCAGAUCAAAACCGGAGAGAAGCGCGAACCGAGAGGAUUCCACAGCAAAACCAUGUCUCUGUACAGAAACUCUGCCUGGUUCCUGAAGGGACUGACUGAGUUCACCAGAAAUGCCUUCCUGUCAGCCUCGAAACGGUUUGUGGAGAAAGACCUGGAGGUGUCUGUUGCCGGACGCGCCUUCAUGAUAACAGGAGCCAACAGUGGCAUUGGGAAAGCCACCGCCAUGGCCAUCGCUAUGAGAGGGGGAACAAUUCACAUGGUGUGCAGAAACAAGGACAAGGCUGAGGAGGCGAGGGCUGAUAUCGUCAAGGAGACAGGAAAUAAAGAGGUCUACGUCCACAUUCUGGACUUGUCUGAGACCAGAAAGGUCUGGGAUUUUGCUGAAGCCUUCAAGAAGAAGUACAAAGCCCUAAAUGUUCUGAUCAAUAACGCGGGCUCUAUUAUGAGUCAGAAGGAGGUGAAUGCUGAGGGCCAAGAGAAGAGCUUCGCCACCAAUGUCCUUGGUGUUUACAUUCUCACCAAGAGUCUAAUUCCCUUACUGGAAAAGAGCGCAGAUCCCAGAGUGAUCACAGUGUCAUCAGGAGGGAUGUUGGUGCAGAAGCUUCGAACAGGCAACCUGCAGUCUGACAGGGGGCGCUAUGACGGGACCAUGGUCUAUGCCCAGCACAAGAGGCAGCAAGUGGUGAUGACGGAGCAGCUGGCAAAGACUCACGCUAACAUCCAUUUCUCCGUCAUGCAUCCCGGCUGGGUGGACACUCCAGCGGUGGCCAAUGCCAUGCCAGAGUUCCAUCGAUCCAUGAAGGACAGCCUGCGGACCCCAGAGCAGGGGGCCGAUACUGUCGUGUGGCUGUCUGUCCGAGGGCCGCGGUCACUAAACCCCAGCGGACGCUUCUAUCAGGACCGAAAAGUGGUGUCUACCCACCUGCCCCUGGCCUGGACACACAGCUCUCCUCUGGAGGAACAGAAGUUGAUGUCUGUGCUGGAGGAUCUGGCCAAGACCUUCCAGCCACACUGAAUCAACAGGAAGAGAGUACCAGUACCCUGCCACUAAUGUCGACAGUUUGUACGGACCACGACACGGCCGCCGAAAGCAUCAGAACACUUUGUCUCCACUGUAAAUAGCUUUAAUAAAUAUCGACUCCUGCCAAGUGA